GCUCGACCCGCGGUAGAGGCAGACACCAGAGACGACGGCCGUCGCUCAUUCUUUCCCACAUGCCAAGUGGCCAUGCACCUGCCGGCACCGCUCACGUCUGUCCAUCUCGCGUGUGCUGAGCGCCUCGUCGACACGGCGCUGCUUCAAUAUGUGAGCAGCUAUCUCGACACAACGCUCGAGUGGAGCCUCGACGAGGCUGCUGGCGCCGGGUUCCUCCACCUCGUUCGUCGCUUGCACGCUGCGGGCGCCGCCGCAACGGAAGACGCGAUCGACUGGGCCGCCGCCAACGGACACUUGGGCGUCGUCCAGUGGCUCCACGCUCACCGCAACGAUGGGGCGACGACCUGGGCUAUCGACAACGCCGCGUCGUCGGGUCAUUUGACUCUCGUAUGCUGGCUGCUCACGCAUCGCCGCGAAGGCUGCACACACCGCGCCAUGGACGCCGCCGCCGGCAACGGCCACCUCGAUGUCGUGCAAUGGCUUCACUCGCACGGGUGCGCUAGCGCAACGGCGGCCGCGAUGGACGGAGCCUCCACGACCGGUGCGCUUCACAUCGUCCAGUGGCUGCAUGCCAACCGCACCGAAGGGUGCUCAAUCCACGCCUUUGAUGGCGCUGCGACCAACGGCCAUUUGCACGUCCUUCAAUGGUUGCACCGCCACCGGUCCGAAGGCGGUUCGGUGACCGCGAUGGACGGUGCCGUGCACAACGGCCACUUCGAUGUCGUCGUCUGGCUCCAAACACAUCGGCACGAAGGGUGCUCGGAGCGUGCGCUACAUGCAGCAAUCGCCUCGCACCGCUUGGAUCUUGUGCGAUAUCUCUGUGAGCAUGGCCACGGAGCUCCGUGCGCGCCGUGGAGCCUUGUGUGGGCCGCCAAGUGCGCCGCCGACGCGAUUGGCGCCUACUUGUUGUCGUUCCAUGAGCACUCGCCGAUCCAGCUCCAGACCGCGCUCAACGCCGCGGCCGCCGCCGGGUCCAUCUCGCUCGUCACCCAUCUAUUGCACCACGUCAGCGACCGCGGCUCCGUGGCCAUCGACGGUGCGGCGUCCCGCGGCCACUUGGAAAUGGUGCAGCUCUUGCACGCUCACCGUUUUCCCGGCUCGUCGCUUGCGCUCGAAGGGGCGAGCGCGGGCGGGCAUCUCGACAUUGUCGACUUUCUCCUGCAAACGUGCAAGCUCGUCCCGACGCCACGUGCCGUGGACCGUGCCGCGUCGCGCAGCCAUGUACCCGUGCUGCAGCGUCUCUUGGACCGUGGUGCUAUUGCGUCGUCGUCCGCACUCCGGGCGGCGGCUGCCCACGGCCAUGCCGACGUCGUCGCCCUCCUCCUCGACGCCUCCGAUACCGUCUUGGAUGUUGAGAUUGCCCACACGGCCGCCAUCGCCAACGGCCACGUCGACGUCGCCAUGCUUUUGGAUACAGCACGGCGUAGCUCGUCUACUUGUUGAAACAUAGAAACACGAGUGUUUGUACACGGGU